UCAGAAAUACCCUUGGAAAAUUCUGUUUUAAGAAGAUAAAGAAAAUAAUAGAAACAAGCCUUCUAAGCUUUUCUAUCCUUAAAUGGCUACAGAAUCAAGAACGCCUUCAGCCCCGUCCCCACUUAGCCAAACUCCUGAAGAUUUAGUAAUUGUCAAAGUAGAAGAUCAUAGUUGGGAUCAGGAAUCUAAUCUGCAUGAUAAAAACCCUCCUGACCAAGAGCAGUUCCGGGCACGCUUCAGGCAGUUAUGCUACCAAGAGACACUAGGACCUCGGGAAGCUCUCAUCCAGCUCCGAGCACUCUGCCAUCAGUGGCUGAGGCCAGAUUUGAACACCAAAGAACAGAUCCUGGAGCUGUUGGUGUUGGAACAGUUCUUGACUAUCCUGCCUGAGGAGCUUCACACUCUGGUUAAGGAACAUCAGCUGGAGAGUGGAGAGGAAGUGGUAACCCUGUUGGAGGAUUUGGAAAGGCAGAUUGAUAUCCUAGGACGGCCAGUCCCAGCUCGUGUACAUGGACAUAGGUUACUCUGCAAGGAGGCUGUGCAUUCUGAAUCUGCCACAGAGACUCCAGAUACUCAGCUCCAACCUGUCACAACCCAGCACAAAUCUCCAGUCCCUCAGGGACCACAAGAGAGAGCCACAUCUGCUUCUCAAAGUCCUAUCCCUUCCCAGAAAGGAAGCACUGGAAACCAGGAGAUGGCAACGGCACUUCUAACAGCAGGGUUUCAGACUUUGGAGAAGAUUGAAGACAUGGCUGUGUCCCUCAUCCGAGAGGAGUGGCUUCUUGAUCCAUCACAGAAGGAUCUGUGUAGAGAUAAGCCAGAGAAUUACAGAAACACAUUCUCCCUGGGUGGUGAGACCAGGAAUGAGAAUAGGGAAAUAGCUUCAAAACAGGUAAUAUCUGCUGGGAUCCAGCCACCUGGAGAGACAGCUACCAAAUGCAACGGGGAUGCUAUUGGGGGUCUUGAGCAUGGAGAAGCCCAAGGUUUUCCGGGCAGAUUAGAAAAGCAGCGAGGAAACUCCACACAAGAGAGACGGCAUAAAUGUGAUGAGUGUGGGAAGAGCUUUGCUCAGAGCUCAGGCCUUGUUCGACACUGGAGGAUCCACACUGGGGAGAAACCUUAUCAGUGUAAUGUGUGUGGUAAAGCCUUCAGUUACAGGUCAGCCCUCCUUUCCCAUCAAGAUAUCCACAACAAAGUAAAACGCUAUCACUGUAAAGAGUGUGGCAAAGCCUUCAGUCAGAACACAGGCCUGAUCCUGCACCAGAGAAUCCAUACUGGGGAGAAGCCAUAUCAGUGCAAUCAAUGUGGGAAGGCUUUCAGCCAGAGUGCAGGCCUUAUUCUGCACCAGAGAAUCCACAGUGGGGAAAGACCAUAUGAAUGUAAUGAGUGUGGGAAAGCUUUCAGUCAUAGCUCACACCUCAUUGGACAUCAGAGGAUUCACACUGGGGAGAAGCCCUAUGAGUGUGAUGAGUGUGGAAAAACCUUCAGACGGAGCUCACAUCUUAUUGGCCAUCAGAGAAGCCACACUGGGGAGAAACCCUACAAGUGCAAUGAGUGUGGGAGGGCCUUCAGUCAGAAGUCGGGCCUUAUUGAACAUCAGAGAAUCCACACUGGAGAAAGACCCUAUAAAUGUAAAGAAUGUGGGAAAGCUUUCAAUGGGAACACUGGCCUCAUUCAGCAUCUGAGAAUCCACACAGGAGAGAAACCUUAUCAAUGUAAUGAAUGUGGGAAAGCCUUUAUUCAAAGGUCAAGUCUCAUUCGACAUCAGAGGAUUCACAGUGGAGAAAAAUCUGAGUCCAUAGUAGUUUAGUAAAAACUUUAGUGAUAAUGUGAACAUUAUUUGGCACUAGAGGCACC